UUGUUGGCGCCCAUUUCAUACUGAACAUUAGUUGACUAGAUUGUUUUGUAUAGGCAGGCUGCAAUCGAACGCCUGGUCCUGAUUCUUCCCAUCUGAGAGUCUGACAAUUGUCACAGAGAAAUAGCAGCUGACUUGGAAGAAAGGCAAGCUGCCCAAAUGGAGGCUUAAGAAAAGACACUUUCCCUUUGUCGGCACUGAUGUCAAAGAAUUGACCCUUCCUAGCGUGAAUGUUCUCGGGCGUGUGGCAGAAAUGACCUUGUGAAGGUAAUUUGGGGAUUCAGAAGGACUGUAAAAAGGAUCCUCAAAGCAAGCCUGAAUCUUGAUUUAUUUUUAUUUUUGUAACAAAGACAAUUAUAUCUUGGAAGAUGGAAGUAGACAUUAAAGGGUCAGGAGAUUCUGGAUGUUAUGAUCCCUUGACUUCUGUGGUGACAUCUGCAUUUUCUUCUGCAAGCUCUGAUACAAAGCAUGAAAAAAAUGUUGGUCAAAAUGGACACCUACCUGGAAUGCAUUGGGGAGAAGGAGCAGAAAGUGUUCCUUUGAAUUCUGAGAUGACAUCUGAACCUUCUGAACGCCCUGCAAUAAGUAUCAGAAAUGCUGGGGGAGAAGGAGCAGAAAGAGAUGCUGAAUGUUGUGAACAUUGCAUUGAGGUGCCAACUGGACCACCACCUGGAUGCCCUGAUGGCAUUAAAAACACUGCUCGCAAACAUAAAUACAUUAUAGCUCUUGUGAUCCUAGUGGUAGUUUUGAUCAUCAUCAUUAUUGCAAUUUCAUUGGCUGUUAAAAAAACAGAAACAUGUCCGUCUUGUCCUCUCUUUGCAAGCCAACGAGUUGCUUGCCCAGAUUUCUGGGUUGGAUACAAAGGGAAAUGUUUCUAUAUAUCAAAAGAAGAAGGAAAUUGGUCUCUCAGUUUAAAGACCUGUUUGUCACUUAAUGCAUCCUUGGCUGUGAUUGAUACUCAGGAGGAAUUGGAUUUUUGGGUAAAAUUUUUCCAUCCGCUUCAUUACUGGUUUGGUCUCUCAAGAGAAGUUAACCAGACCUGGAAGUGGUCCAAUGGCACUGAGUUUAAAAACCAGUUUCCGGUGCGAGGAGAAGGCUUCUGUGCAUAUCUAAAUGGAAAAAGGACUGAUAGCUCCUUCUGUUCCAUGGAGAAACGUUUUUUCUGCAGCCGACCAGAAAGUUGUAGGAUAACUGGAUAACACAACUUCAUCCAAAGAAGGAACACUUGGCUUGACUAAUAUUCAUUGCAGUAGCACAUGUGUGUAGUCUGUCUGGUUCAUCCAAAUUUGCUACUGGCAACAUAAACUUUAGUUGUAAGUCCUAAGGAUCUAUCUUCAGAUCUUCUCUUAACAAAGCUAUUCUGGACCUUCUGGGGAAUUUCACAUUCAAAAAAGGAGACCCCAGCCUUGUUGAGAAUUACAGACCAAUCUCACUUUGCUGCAUCACCUGUAAAGUCAUGGAAUCCAUCAUAAACCAAUGCAUCACCCUCCACUUAGAGACAAACAACCUACUCUCUAAUAAGCAAUUUGGUUUCAGGAAAAAAUUGUCCUGUAAUCUGCAACUCAUACACUGCAAAAACAUUUGGACCUCUCAACUCAACCAAGGUAAAGCAAUAGAUGCAAUCUACUUAGACUUCUGCAAAGCCUUUGAUUCAGUGGUACACAACAAACUUCUGUUAAAACUAAGUUCUUACGGCAUUUCCAGAUCUUUGGAGAAGUAGAUAGUUGCAUUCCUAUCAAACAGACAACAAGUAGUCAAAAUUGGGAACACUAUCUAACCCUGCUCCGGUUAACAGUGGUGUUCCCCAAGGCAGCGUUCUAGGACCAACACUCUUUCUACUUUACAUAAACAACCUUUGUGAUGAUAUUAUAAGCAGCUGUGUCCUCUUUGCCGACGAUGUAAAACUAUUUAACAUCACAGGCAAUUCUACUACGCUACAAAAUGACCUAGAUUAUGUAUCUGAAUGGUCAAACAAUUAGCAACUCCGAAUCUCUGCUAACAAAUGCUCAGUCCUACACAUUCGCAAUAUAAAUCAGAACAUCAAAUGCAAGCUGGGUGGAAGUGAUCUAAAAGAUGAGCCACACUUUGUCAAAGACUUAGGAGAACUCAUUUCAAAAGAUCUAACCCCCAGAGCUCACUGUAACAACAUUGCCAAAAAAGGCAUUCAGAGUUUCAACCUUAUUUUACAUAGUUUUCUCUCUGGUAACACUAUGCUGCUAACUAGAGCAUACAAAACCUUUGCCAGAUCUAUACUUGAAUCAGAGGUGUCUUCCUAGUAGGUAGCAAUUUGGCCUGCCACGCUCCUGAAGUGGUUCUCUCGGGGACACCAUAGGUGCCCUGACCCUGCCCGAGCAGUCAGAUGGCGGCGGUGCAAUACUAAAAGAA